AUGCGCGACUUGGAUUGUGUUGAGGACUGGAGGGAGGGCAGAGUCGAUGACAAAGACUCGCCUGCAUCAUUCAAACUCUCCCUUUUUCCACUCGAGUGCUAUAGAAUACAGUUCAUAAAGAUGGCCACCAAGCAAAGUGUAACUGUCAAGGACGUUGCUCCACAGGACUUCAUCGCUCACUACGCCAAGUUCUUGAAGAGAACUGGCCGUGUCCACGUUCCACGUUGGGUCGACAUUGUCAAGACCGCCACUCACAAGGAGCUCCCACCCAUCAACCCAGACUGGCUCUACGUCAGAAUCGCCGUCCUGGCCCGCAAGGUCUACCUCCGCCACGGAGACGGUGUCGAGUGCUACAGAAAGGUGUUCGGUGGCAACAGACGUGAUGGUGUCCGUCCAAACCACUUCCACAUUGCCAACGGAGGUCUCAUCCGUUACGCAUUGAAGCAAUUGACCGCCUUGAAGGUCAUCGAGACCGACGCCGUCAAGGGUGGCCGCAGAAUCACCUCCACCGGCCGUCGUGAUUUGGAUCGUAUUGCCAAGCAGGUCUACAACAUCAAGCACGGAAUCACUGCCUAA